AUGGCAGUGCGUUGCAGAAACCCUAGUGCCUAUACUCUGCUCCGAUCUACUCCUCCCGAGCUCACAUCUACUCGUCCCAAGCUCAGAUCUACUCCUCCCAAGCUCACAUCUACUCCUCCCGAGCUCAGAUCUAUCCCCCCCGAGCUCAGAUCUACUCCUCCCGAGCUCACAUCUACUCCUCCCGAGCUCAGAUCUACUCCUCCCGAGCUCAGAUCUACUCCUCCCGAGCUCACAUCUACUCCUCCCGAGCUUAGAUCUACUCCUCCCGAGCUCACAUCUAUUCCUCCCCCGCCCAGAUCUGCAUUCCCCGCGCUCAGAUCUGCAACUCCAGCGCCCAGAUCUGCACUCCCUGCGACCAGAUCUACUCCUCCCGCGCCUAGAUCUGAUCAUUCCGCGCCCAGAUCUGGAUUCCGCGCCACCAGAUCUCCUCCUCCCGCGCCCAGAUCUGAACAUUUCGCACCCAGAUCUGCACUCCGCGCGCCCAGAUCUGCCCUCCGCGCGCCCAGAUCUGCCCUCCGCGCGACCAGAUCUGCAUCUCCCGCGCUGAAAUCUGACCAUUUCGCGCCCAUCUCUGCUCGUCCGCGCCCUGCCCGUCCGCACGCCCUGCUCGUCCGCGCCCUGCCCGUCCGCACGCCCUGCUCGUCCGCGCCCUGCCCGUCCGCGCGCCCUGCUCGUCCGCCCUUCGCGUCCGCGCCCUGCCCGUCCGCACGCCCUGCUCGUCCGCGCCCUGCCCGUCCGCACGCCCUGCUCGUCCGCGCCCUGCCCGUCCGCACGCCCUGCUCGUCCGCGCCCUGCCCGUCCGCGCGCUCUGCUCGUCCGCGCCCUGCCCGUCCGCGCGCCAUGCUCGUCCGCGCCCUCCCCGUCCGCGCACUCGUCGCACGCCCUCCUUCCCCGCUCGCUGUCCCCCGUCCCCUUGUCCGCCCCCUGCCCACCUCCCCGGCAUACCGCACAUUUGCAAACGCAUACCGCACACCUUCAUGCCCUGCUCGCCUGCGCCAUGCCGUAACCGCCCACACUCACAUUGCUCCCUCCAUGGCAAUAGUCGCCCUGGCAUGCAGCAGAAGUGGUGCCGGUGGGCAUGGAGGAGGGCAUAGUGGUAGCUGUGGUGGUGGUCAAGGGAGACUCGCAGGAUAUUGUGUGCAAAAUCUCCACCCAAGCCCACCAUGCCCCGAGUCCACCCUUCUCUCCUCCUCCUCCUCAGCAGCAGCAGCAGCAGCAGCAGCAGCAGCAGCAGCAGCGGCAGCGGCAGCGGCAGCGGCAGCGGCAGCGGCAGCGGCAGCGGCAGCGGCAGCGGCAGCGGCAGCGGCAGCAGCAGCAGCAGCAGCAGCAGCAGCAGCAGCAGCAGCAGCAGCAGCAGCAGCAGCAGCAGCAGCAGCAGCACCAGCAGCAGCAGCAGCAGCAGCACCAGCAGCAGCAGCAGCAGCAGCAGCAGCAGCAGCAGCACCAGCACCAGCAGCUCUGGCACCUCCUCCUCCAGCUCCAGCAGUUGCUUCACCGCCUGCAGCAGCACCUUAG